AUGGGCUGCGCUGGAUCCACGCCCAAAGUUGAUGAGAGCAGUAAGAAUCUAAGGAAGCCUAAGCCUUGGAAGCACACUCAGCCAAUAACACCAGCGCAACUCAAACAGAUGAGGGAUGAAUUCUGGGACACAGCUCCACACUAUGGUGGACAGAAAGAGAUUUGGGACGCACUCAGGGCCGCUACAGACGCCGACUUAACUCUUGCCCAGACCAUAGUGGACAGUGCUGGAAUCAUCGUCUCGAAUCCCGACCUCACGCUUUGUUACGACGAGAGAGGUGCAAAGUACGAGCUGCCCAAUUACGUUCUGAGUGAGCCGACAAACCUGAUCCGUGAUGGUUGA